GCAGAUCAGAGAGACGAACGACUGCGCCGGAGAUGUCAGUCGGCUGUGCGUGCAUUGGGCCAUCGAUCGAGGCCGUCAGAAGGAUGCACGCUUCAUCUUGGGCGGGGCCGGGCCGGUCUCCUUCUUCGUGCAGAUAAUGCGGGUGGUCGCGCGAGAGGGGAGCGCCAAGCCCGCCGCCGUCUCGUACGUCAUCGAGCAGGUGAAAAACCGCUGGAAGGGCCUCACGCCGGAGGCGAAGAACGACUUCCAUGCCGCAGAUGGCAUGCGUGUGCUGAUUUCGCUGCUGAAGCAGGUGAAUUUCAAGGCGCAGGACUGGCCAAACGCCGAAGCUUCCCUGACCUUCCUCCUGCAAGAGUUCAAGGAGGUGCCCGGCUUUCCCCGCGCCCUGCUCGUGCUGCUGCAGAAAGAGGGCUGGAGGUUCUCUGAAGUGCAGCAGCUGCCGCACAGCUUUCUGUUCGAGGUGGUGCUGGACCCUUUGAUGGAUGACAUCAGGAAAUCCAACGUCAAGGAGAACGGCGAGCGCAAGGCCAUAGCUGCGAUCCACGACUUCGUUGACAGCACAGAUCCGACUCCCCUGGAAGAGCGCCUCUUGGCCACGGCACGCGCCCUGGAGCAGCUCGAGAAGACUCGCAGGGAUCUCAGGGACGUUCAAGUCAAGCCUACGCUGGACUUCCUGUCGGAGUUGAAAGAGACCACCGUAGGUGAGGCGAAGAGGAUCCUUGAUGCCGAGCAGGCGAAGAUCGAUGCGAUUUUCCGCGCCAAGGCACCUGGAAAAUGGCAGGAUCUGCGAAAGACGGAAAGCAGGCUCAUCAAGGAGGCCACGGAGAUGAUCGAGGAGAAGGAGAAGAGCUUGAAGCGAUCUGCUGCCGAGGCAGAGGCAAGAAAGCAAAAGCGACAGAGGAAUCAACAACUGGACGAGGCGAAGAAGCUGUCGGAUAAGCUUGCCAAAAUGGUCAAGAAGAGCACGCCCGAGAAAGGUUCCACGCAGACCUGGUCUCUCCUCUCCUCCAGCGAGGCUGCAGCCGACGCGGUCAGAGCGUGGUGCAAGGCCUUCGAUGACAAGAAAGCCGAAUGCGACAAGUGUGAUGCAUUCGAGCGGCCUGAUGAGGCCACCCUGGAGCCGUGGCUGAGGGAGGCAAAGGAAGCCAUCAACGACUUCCAGGCGAAGAAGCUGUCGGAGCAGCUUGCCAAGCUGCUCAAGAAGAGCAACUGUGAAAAGGGUUCCAAGGCGACCUGGUCUCUGGUCCGCUUCACUGAGGAUGCAGCCGAGGAGCUCAAGGAGUGGUGCCAGGCUUUCAAUGACAAGAAGGCCGCACCCGAGUGCAGCAAGUACGCUCCGUUUGAGCGGCCCCAUGAGGCCUCCCUCGAGCCCUGGCUCAAAGAGGCACAGGACGCCUUCAAGGACUUCCAGGAGCACGAGGGGCGUCUUGUGGAACUCCGACGCCAACUUGGCCUGCUAAACAUCCCAGACGGUGUCAUCGCCGUCUUGAAGCAAGGCCAGCGUCUUCGCCGAUUGCGGGAGCUUGCACAGCGACCGCAACUCCUUGAUGGCAUCGGGCUGCCUCCAGGCAUUGCCGACCGCUUGCUCGAGGGACAGGCCAACUUCGUGAACCUCGACCUUAAGCUUCCAAAUGGUUGGUUCUCAAAGCGCUCGACCCGCUAUAUGGUGGAAUACUACUACCUGAACCAACGCACGGAAUGGUUCUGGCCGGAGCAGGACGCUGACCCGCCAGCUCGCGGGUGGCCGGCGUCUGUGGCAGGGCUCCAGCCCGCGCCUCCAGGCAGCUGCGCGUAUGUCCAGGAUUGGUCUGACUCCACCAAGUGGUGCUUCUUGUGCAACGAUGAGGCGACCCUGGAUCAUCUCGAGGACAGACGACAUGCUGCAAGCAGAUCGGCUUGGCAAAGGCUGUCCGCGAAGCUUGAUCACCUCAGCGAAGAAGCAUCGAAGGUCAGUGCGCCCAGAAACGGCGAAGAACUGAAAGAGGACCUGAUCCUUCAGUGCUGGAUGGAACACACGCUGAACUCCCUCGAGGAGGAGGGCGUGGACCCACGGAUCGUUCAGCUCUUCGUUGUUCAGUGCGUUCGUCCUCACUUCCCGAAAUCGCUGAACGGUGGCGCGCUCGCGGCUGCAUUGAGCAGCUGCUUCUCCGAAGCGGCUGCGAGCAGCAGGCAGCCGGAACCAGACGUCCUCAUCCACCCGCCGGUUCCAGUGCCCGGUACCGACUUCCCAAUGGUUCCGGGAGGCAUGCUCGUGGAGAUCGAAAACCCAGAGGAGGCUCAGUGGAUUCAGGCGGCCAAGAACCUCACCGAGAUGGACCUGCUCCGUCACGGCCUCAUUCUUCAGGAAAGUGGCCAACUGCACUGCGUCUUCUGUGAGACUCCGGGCAGGCCAGAGGUGGUGGAGAACGAGCCCUGGGCAAUCGCGCGGCACCUCAGCAAAUCCAGGUCACAGCCUGGCCGGACCCAUCAGAAGUAUCGCCAGCACUGGGCACCUCGGCUGAAG